GGCGGAGCGGGGGGGUUGGCACCGGUUUGUUUGGGGAAAUAGACAAAGAGCCGCGGGCGCCGUCAGCGACCGAGCGACACGGAGCCCGACCGACCGGCUGGCGGGGAUCACAACACAAGCGGGCAGGGCGGGCAGCAGAGGGUAGCCAGAGGCUCGGGCGAAGGAGGCAGCGCCAGGCUGAGCCGACAGCGGCUCGGCGACCGCGACAACGGCUGGAGGAGCCGCCGGCAGCGGGAAGCCGAGGCGCAGCGGCGGCGUCGCGACCGGGACGCCGUGACCCAGAGCCGGAGAGAGCGGUCCACCGCCGAGCCUGGCGGAGAGGGCGGCGAGCAGGUGGAGUUCGGGGAGCCGGCUUUGGAGAACCGGCCGGAGGAAGGGGCCGCUGGACCGGCUGAGGGCGGCGCGGAGAGCCCGGGGGAUGGAAGCCGCAGCCCCGAGAUCCGGCUGAGCCCCGCCGCGGACACUCGGCCCAGAUCUUCAAGGCACAGCUCUCCUCUUGGCAAUACAUGAAAGAAUGUCAUAUGUCUUGAAAAGUUAUCUCGUGCCACAAAAAUGGAAAUUCGAUGUGGCGGCUUGCUUUUCAGUUCAAUGUUUGAUUCUGGAAAUAUUGCUCAAGUUGAAAAGGUGGAACAUCCUGAAGUAACAGAGGAUUCAGCUCCCAGCAGUAAUGGCACCUCUGGUAAUUUUGGGAAUACGAUACCGACUCCAGAUUGCGAAUUUAAUGUGUGGACCAAGCCAGAUUGUGCAGGGACUGAGUUUGAAAAUAGUAACAGGUCCUGGUUUUAUUUCAGUGUGAAAGGAGGAAUUCCAAGUAAAGUCAUUAAAAUCAAUAUUAUGAAUAUGAAUAAACAAAGCAAAUUAUACUCUCAAGGAAUGGCACCAUUUGUAAGGACCCUGCCUGGAAGACCCCGUUGGGAACGUGUAAGAGAUAGACCAACUUAUGAGAUGGUGGAAAACCAGUUUAUUCUCACCUUCAUGCAUCGCUUUCAUGAAUGUCGUGGAGCAACUACCUACUUUGCAUUUUGCUUUCCAUUCACGUACACUGAAUGUCAGGAGAUGCUGAUGCAGCUGGAUGAAAAGUUUGAAUAUUGUAAACGGCUGACUUUAAGCAGCCCUGCUGAUACUAUUUAUUAUCACCGUGAGCCUCUGUGUUAUUCUCUGGACAAUCGAUGUAUCGAUCUCAUCACCAUUUCUUCGUGUCAUGGAAUGAUGGUUGAAUGUGAACCAAGACUAGUAAAACUUUUUCCAGACCAUUCCAUUUCUCGCCCACAUGUGUUCUCUCGAAAACAGGUAUUUUUUCUCAGCAGUCGUGUGCAUCCUGGUGAAACUCCCUCAAGCUUUGUUUUUAAUGGUUUUCUGGAGUUUAUUUUGCGAACUGAUGAUCUUCGUGCUCAAAUGUUGAGACGAAUGUUUGUCUUUAAACUUAUACCCAUGUUGAAUCCUGAUGGUGUAGUGAGGGGACAUUAUCGGACUGAUUCCAGAGGUGUAAAUUUGAAUCGGUUGUACAUGGAUCCAGAUUUCAAUUUGCACCCUUCAAUUUAUGCGGCACGUGCACUCAUCCUUUAUCAUCAUGUUAACAAUCGUGUGCCUUCAGACAACUGGGAAUUGAGAAUGUUUUCUUCAGUGUUAUCCAAUGGUCCUUUAUGCACAAAAGACUUGAACCAUUCCAUCAAUAACCCUUCAAUUUCCUCUGAGGUCUUGUUAUCAGAAUUGGAGAAAAGCAAAAAUUUGAAAAAUGUUACAAAUGGUGAAAUGGAUAGCGUCAUUACCUACAAAGACCAUGACCACUUAGAUGCAUUAAUACAAAGCAAAAAUAAUAAGCAUCAGUAUCCAGACUCUCACAAUGGGAAAAUCGAUUCAUCUAAUGGUGAAGGUACCAUCAGCGAGAAAGCAAGUGAUUCUUCUGACUCUUCAGAAAACAUUGAACACAUUCCUCCUCAUGAGAGUGGGAUUGCAUACUACGUGGACUUGCAUGGACAUGCUUCAAAGCGUGGCUGUUUUAUGUAUGGGAAUUGUCUUCCAUCUGAAAAUAACCAGGUGGAGAAUAUGAUGUUUCCCAAAUUGAUAUCCAUGAACUCGGCUCACUUUGAUUUUGCGGCUUGUAACUUUUCUGAGAGAAAUAUGUAUGCCAAAGAUAAAAGGGAUGGACAGUCUAAAGAGGGAAGUGGCAGAGUGGCAAUCUACAAAGCCAUAGGAAUUAUUCACAGCUAUACCCUGGAAUGCAAUUACAAUACAGGCCGCUAUGUGAAUCCAGUCCCUUCUGCAUGCCAUGACAAUGGACGAGCAACUCCACCACCAGCACCUUCCUUUCCACCUAAAUACACUAUAGAGGUCUUUGAACAAAUCGGUAGAGCUCUAGCCAUUGCAGCUUUGGAUAUAGCUGAUUGUAAUCCUUGGCCAAGAGUUGUUAUGUCAGAAUACAGCUGCCUCACAAAGCUUCGAGCAUGGAUGUUGAAAUAUGUUCGGAAUAUAAGAAACACAGCAAUGUCUAAGAGAAAUGGUGCAAGGAUUCCAAAAGUUUUCAGUGGGAUAACAUCUUCAGUCUCAGAAAAUUCGCUCAGUAAAACCAAGAGUAAUGGGAUUGGGAAUCAUGGAAACGGUAAUGGGCACCAAAAUCCAUCCCAGAUUAAAGCAUCUCCCAGUUUCACAUUUGGGUGCAGCUCUGGACUAACCAAAGGGAUUUGUAUACCAGCAUCUAAUCAUAAUCCUCCAAAAGGUGGCCACAAAACACUGGGCCCAGUGAGAGCUUUGUGUUUUGUUCGCUUAGAAACUAGAGCACAGGAGAAGCGUCGUCAGCAUCAGGCUAUGCUGCGAGCAACAGGAGUCAACCAUCCCAGCUGCCUACACGGUUCUGCCACCUAUCGAUUCAUGCAGUGCCCUUCAUCUGUCACCCUCGGAUCCUCCAGAGACCCAUCUCAAGUUCAGCUUUCCAGUUUAGGGUCUUGUACUCUUCCAACGUCCCUCAACAUGACAGGGUUCAGAGCCACAAUCAUGCCUGGUGCAUUUAACAAUGGCAUCCCUCAGGAAAUAUUAGAACACACUCAGCCAUUAGAAAAUAAUACAGUCACUGGAAGGACAAGCCAUGUGCAGAACUCACUGAAGAAGAACAAAUUAAAAGUCAGGGCAUCUUUUGAUAUCACCAGUUCUGAGCAGCUGAGACCCAGUAGAAUUCCAGUGAGAAUAAGUGGCAUGCUUACAUCCCAGGGAAAUCUCAACCUCACUAGUUCUGCCAAUCAUAAUCCACAAGUGAAAAUAUUGAAAGCUGUCCGGCCAAAAGUUGUGCAACUUGAGCCUAAAGGUAGUAGCAUAUUGGAUUGUCCUGCAAUGACCUUCACUCCUUCAGUACUGAAAUGUAGUUCUCAAGACUCUGUAUGCACUACUAAUGGUGAAACGGAAAAUCAGCUGGAUAUCUGUGAGAAGCUGUCGCUGGUAACUGGAACAGAUCAGAUACCCACAUAUAGGAAGCUUUUUUCAUUUUGCACUGAUGGCUGACUCUAAUAUAAAAUUUCUAUGAUUUGUAUUGAACUAUUUUCUCAAAUGUCUUUUAGUCUGCCUGAACUGAGUGUGUGUAUGCUGUACCUUUUUUUCACCUUAGGUGAAAACUAUUGUUCCUUAAUUGUUGUUGGGUUCAAAUCCUGAAAUUCUUGUCAAAGGUCAGUGGUAUAUAUCUUCAUUACACAGAAUGUGGCAGUUCAAAAUGAUGGCUUCCCAUCACCUUUGAGGGCACUUUGGGAUAGCCUUAAAUGGCAAGGAAACUUUUAACUCUUUCAUAACCUUUUUUUAAAACAUUGGAGUUCAGGAAUGUUUCUAGCUCAAAACUAGCAAUGCGCAAUACUAGUUUAUUGCAAUGAAGGUGGCUUUCUUGUUAUAGGUUAACAAGUUAGACUGUUGGUCUAAACAGCAGGCAAUUGUAUCACAUUUUAAGAACUCAUAACACUAGUUCUUAAAUGGUUCAUCAGAGACUGGAUUCUUCAAGAAAUGGCUACCGUUGGAAGUAUCCAUGUUAUGUGAAAGAAGUAAUAUAAUUUAUUUUGCUGGUUCUCAUUCCCACAGACUAAUAGCCUUAACACUCACUAUGUCAGCAAAGGGCAGACGGCAAUGGGGAUUAAAAAAUACAGAGAGCUGGAGUAUCUCAGCAGGUCAGGCAGCAUUGGCGGAAGAGAAUGGGCAACAAUGGUAAUAACCUUGAUAACAAUUUCUGCAGUACUUCCUCUCAUUUUUCAAAGUACUAAGAAUGAAAUUGAUGGAGUGAGUGUUACAAAUUAUUGUGUGUAUAUGGCAUAGCACUAACAAAGGCUCGGAACUGAUUAUUUCAGGUUGUAAAAUAUUAAGAAAUAGAAUAGGAAGAAAGUGCUUGAAAUAUUCAAAACUCUGGAGCUUUUGUAAAUGAGGACGAAACACUGAAAUAUUUCAGUGUGUAAAAUGUAAACAUAGCUGUAUAUUGAUAACUUACACUCAUAACCCUUUUGUGUGUUUUUUAAUCUUCCUUUGCUUGUUUCUAAAAUUUACCCAAUCUCCUGACUUACCACUCAUUUUUAGCAAUACUUUAACACUCGUUCUUUGCAUAAUUUCCUUAGCGAACAUGUAUGGGUUACCUUCUCAUCUGAUCCUUAUUUCUCAGAGCAAUAUAUCUUGGUUGAGGAUUAUAAAAUAUCUUCUUGUGUGUCUGCUACUGCUUAUCAGCAGACGUUUUUCACCUUAUUUUCCCAGUUCGGCAUUGCCAACUCUAUCUUCUUAACAUUUUUAAUUGCUCUUAAGAUAUUAGUUUCAGAUCUAUGUUUCUCUCUCUCAAAUUGGAUGUGAAAUUCUGUGCUGCUAUGAUCACUGAUCUCUCCUCUGGAGGAUCCUCUUCAUGAGGUCUCUAUUAGUCAUUGGUUCAUGCCAGCAUCUAAGAACUGUAAAUGGCAUUGCUUGGAAACCAGUCAAUACAAACUUGGACUGACAUUAGAAAUGUAUGAAGCAGUUGAAGCAAUAUGUUAUCAAUUGUACUCCCUGAAGGAAAUAUCCUAAGAUGCAAAUGCAAAUGCAAAUAUUGUGAUUUUAAUUGGGGCAAUUGAUUUGAGUUAAUAUGAAUUGACAUAUAAUGUAUGUGAAACAUGAUCCAUGGUGCUCAAAGGAUCGGGUCUGUUGCAUCAUCAAGAAACAACAUUUAUUUAUCAUGCAUGUCUAUAUUAUAGCAGGUUCCAAAAAUACUAGUCUGUAUUUAUUGCAAGGAGCUGCAGUACUUGCUGUCUGGCAUUUAUGCGAUGUGCAUAUCUUGCCUCGGUAAAAGAGCUGUUAUAAAGUAAUUACUACAGGCUGAAUUAAUACAUUUUUUGUAUUAUAAAAAAUGUGGAAAUUAUCCUAUAACCAGGCUUUUUACUUAAUAUUUAAUUAAUGACAUGUUAUACAAGUGCCUGAUAGAAUGUGUUGAAACAUAACUGUUCCAGCACAAAGAUGGCUUAUUUGAUCUGAUAACUCACCAUUAUUCUUGUAGUUUGCAGAAGUUGACAGUCUAAAAAAAACUUUGGAUGUUUGGUUUGUUUUCUAUCAGGUUGAACUUCAACUUCUUUACACUAUGUUAUUAUUUAGACUGCUGACUGGCUAAUGUCUUCUUUGAAAAUCACUACAGAUGUAGUCUGUGUCACCUUUAAAAUGUACAUUUGACGUGCUCGUCAUUUGAAUGAUUCGUAUAUUUUUAAAAUGGAAUACUUUUUCAAAACUUGAGUUGUAUUCUUGAUGUACUGAUAAUUUCUGACGUUAGUACUUUUGUACCAAAAAAAAAAUCCGUAAUAUUGUGUGCAUCUAGUGUGAUGUGAUUGGAAAUUGUUGUACUGGAAUUCAUUGUCAUUGUAUUUGGGGGUACUGUAAAACCAAGUUAAUACAUUCCAGUUAUUUGAAUAAUGCAGUGAUUAAGGCAUAAAUUGACCAGUCAAUAUAACUUUAAAUGUGAAAAUGACUUUCACCUGAAUUUGUAAAGUAUUGCAGGGAAAUUAUUCUCUGUAAUAAAUGAUUAAUAAUGAUUACAUGACUAGCUGUGGUAAUAACUUUAAACUAAAAAGACAGUUGACUUUGUAAUUGUUUGUGAAACGUUCCAAUAUUUUUGAUAAAAUAAAAGUUGUUUGAAUAUCUGAGUAAAA